AUGUGCCUUUUGCUAUGUGGUAACUUUGGUCCUCUUCCUUUCAAAGUAGAUGAAUAGUCAUGCGGUAUUCAUAAUGAUUGCUCUAGAGCACAUCAGGAUGAUAUGAGAUUAAAUUUCACAGCUUAGGUGGUCGGGUCAUAUAGUCCUAAGCUUUUGGAGACUUGCUAGGAUCAUGUCAUAUCUGUAGAUGCUCAUUUUUAGCAAAUGAGAAAUGAUUACUUUGUUCUCAAAAGGCAGUGUGAACCUCUUGAGAUUAUAUUUGUCUAGAACUUAUUCCCUUAUAAUCUUAUUAAAGCAGAGUUUUAAGGUAAUGAAAAUGAAGAGGAUUUGCUUAAGAAUAUUUACAAUAUCGAAAUUGAGUAUAUCGGAAGAAAUCCCUAUCAUAGAAAAUUCUAGGCUAUUGUUGGUCUAAUAUUCAUUACUGCAAACAUCAUCAUGAUUAUCAACUUUUACAAGGUGGACAUAUCUAGAGUUGGAUAGCAGCUUUAGUACUAGUAAUUCAAUAGCCUUAACAAAUUUUAGGGUAUGAUUCCAUAUAAUUUCCCCUACAAGUUUUUCAUUUCAACCUAAGCGAUGCUUGGGCAAUUUGAUGCAUUCUUCAACACUACUUUCAUUUGUGCAAUAUUGAUGGCAAAUAUGGUAAUAUUAGAUAGUCUGCAUACCACUCAGGGAAAAAUAUGGAGCUUUUACUUGUUCUACAGAGCAAAGAUUCUUGUUAUCGUAUUUGUAUGGGUUAUGCUGUUUGGAUAUGUUUUCACAGAACAUUUGAUUAACCUUGAGAGUCACCUCAUAACUAAUAACUAUCAUCCCUAGUCUAUUGGAAUUCAAAUAAUCAGAGUAAAUUUAAAUCAUAACUCAUAAUUAUCAUAGAAAUUCUAUUUGAUUGCUAUUGUUAUUUACUUUAUAGCAGCAGUUUACUACAUUCAUAAAGCAAUUUAAAAAGUAUUAGCGGUAACUAUCGAAAUGUCUGAUUUCCAUACUGGUAAAUAAGGAGAUGAUUCUAUUGAUUUAAAUGAAUUAGAGGAAGGAUACACAAUGGGAAACCCCACAAGUGAGGAUAGGAAAUUUUUCAGAGAAAAAAAUAAAAUCGAAGUCAAAGAUAGUUGA